AUGCACUCUUCCUAUUCGCCACUUUUCACUUCAGGUCUUCUAGCGGAGCGACGGGCGGGUCUCUCGUCUGCACACAGCACCAACCUUCCGGUCGUCCCAUCAAGUUCAACGGGUACAUCUUACAAGGCACAUACUGCUGCUGCUAGUGAUCAUGCCUCGGCAUUUUAUUUCACUUUGCAAAUGGGACAAAGGGAUACCGUUGAAUUUCGGUCAUUCCUAUCCCUCGACCUGGCAGACUCCAAUCGCUCGAUUGCAGGUCACAGGCGCAAGCAUUCAAAUAUCUCAAAGUCUACUAGUUGGACUUGUACAACCGAUAAAACCUCAGCUCAUGACUUGUCACGAAUCGAAAGACCCGCUUUUGUCCGUCUUCCACCAUUACCUUCAGCAUGUGCACUCCACCGAUCGUCUCGUGAAUCCUUGAGGCAAAUUCCUUCUCCUAAACCUGCUCCGAUAUCAUCUACCUUACCCGAGCCCCCAACAUCCCUUGAUCGCGCCCCGAACUUCUCCCCUCCAUCAAAGCCACUUCCGUCUGCGACCAACACAUCUUUUCAACUCCCCUGGUCAUCCAUGCGCUCCUCGUCAAUCACUUCGCAUCAAAGACGAAAAAGUCGCAUGGAUGCUCUGGCAUGUCUCGAGGGUCGCUCUCGUGCUGCUAACCGCAUCCCGAGGUCGGGUCUACGAAAAAAUUUCAUGAGCAUGAGCGAUGAUGAGGAUGAUGAGGCUAAGGCGCUUUCAUCACUGGGAAAUAGUCCCUUCAUUCAAGUCGAGGAUUUCGGCUCGUUUGCAGAUAUCGAAGACGAAGGAGAUACGGUCAUCCAUCUCUCAAACAUCUUUCCCCCAAACAACCCACUUUUCCUCCCCCCGAAACGACAGAGAAGAAGCACUGUCGACACAUGGUUUCCUCUGAAAAGCUUCAUCGAUCUGAAAGACGAUGAUCUAUCAUGGAAUUGGCGGAGCUUUAUCGAGAUCGGCGGUGUCUCAUAA